UUAAGGAAAGUGAUUAUCACUUUUGAGCUUUGAGAGUUGAAAUUAAGCGAAGGAACAAUUCUUUCUUCUCUCAACGUCUCCUUCAACCCACGAAAGCGUUUUACAUUUUAGCUUAAACCCGUGGCUGCUUUGGCUUUGACGAUGAGGGCUGCAGCGGUAGCGGCGCCCCGCGGUUUCUGCCGGUUCUUCUGCACGAAGCCAACCGCGUCUUCUCCCACUGUCCCCCUUUCUUCUGGAGUUACUUCCGCUCUAAAGACGGCGGAGCCCAACGAAAUUGUCUUCGUCACUGGUCUUAACAAGCGUACUACAUCCGAGACUCUGAGGGAAGCAUUUAAAAAGUUUGGUGAAGUUAAACAGGUAAGGGUGGUGGCAGAUCGUGUCUCAGGUUACUCCAAGGGAUUUGGUUACGUGAGAUAUGCUACUUCAGAGGAUGCUGCUAAGGGCAUUCAAGGCAUGGAUGGCAAGUUUUUAGAAGGCUGGAUUGUAUUUGCAGAGUAUGCAAGACCAAGAAUCAAUGCUAUAGCCUCCCAGACUCAUACUGAACCAUCCAACUCCAAACCUGACGAAAAGAGAACGACACCAGAGAAGAAUGGUGAAAUGAAGAAGGAAACUGCUGGUGAGAAGAAGAACAAGAAAAAGAAGAUAACUGCAAAGGUAGUUGCAGACCAACCAAUGGACAAAGAUAAGGAUAAGAAGUAAGCUGAGGAAAAGAAUGAGGAAGAGAAGAUAUAAGGGUGUUAAGGGUAUUCGAGCUCUUAAAAUCUCUAGAGGAACCUUGAAUAUGUUAAAAAUUUCUGCCAAAAUAGUCAAACGUUAAUUUGAGAGGGGUAGUGAGUGUCUAUCUUUUAAGAUUCAAGGGUGGUUAGUGUUUGAUGAAAAAUUAGGGAGUGUCUCUGCUAUUUAGCCAAACCUGAGGGGAGGUGAGUGCAAUUUCCCUUUUAGACAAUGACAUGGAUGAUACCUGGCUAGUCUUGAAUAUCCUUGUGCCUCUUUGAUAUAUAUUUGACGUUGCAAAUCAGAAAGUCUAAUUUAUUUAGACAAUGUCAUGGAUGAUGCCCACCUAUUCUUAAAUUUUCCCGUUGAUAUGGGAGGAUAACUUCUAUGAUACUGUUGUAAUGCAGGUUUUCUCUUUGACAUGCCUUGAACAUUUUGUGGUACGGGUUUAAUAUUACUCAAAUAUUAUAUUUCAAAUAUUA